AUGCUGCGCUUUCUGAUCUUGCUGACAGCCGGAGUUCUGCUGGGGAUCUAUAUUCUCGGUACCCAGGCGGACUGCAAUGUGUGUUCCGCCGAGAGCAACGUGGCCUGUGUUUCAAAUACUUCCUACCAAUCGUGCUCGACGAGCGCACUGCCUUUUGGUCCAGUUUACACCUGUCCCACGGGAUAUUAUUGCACGGCAAAUGCGGUUACUUGUAAUACAAAUGUUGCCUUUAGAGCCUGUGUGGGAUGUGGCACCUGUAACAGUGAUAACUCCUUUGCCUGCCUCACUGCAAGGACAUUUGCCUUGUGCCUGGGAACAACCACCCCCUCCCAGAUCAUAGGAAGUUGCGGAUUGAGUUACGUGUGCGAUUACAACAAUCCGAAUAUUUGCGGCAAUGUCUCGCUGGGGUCCCAGGCCACUUGUCCGGGUGAUACUACUGGAACUGGAUUGGAUCCUACAGGAAUGACACCCACCACCUACUGUUCCCUCGUCCAGCAGCACGGAAGAUUUCCCUAUGGCAUUGAUCUUAACACCACCUGUAGGCAAUACAUUUAUUGCUUCCUGAAUGCAACUAAUUGGAGGGGAGGUCUCUACUACUGUCCUGGGCAAACAUAUUUCGACAGCUCAACGAUGUACUGUGGCACCGAAGUGCCGGCCAGAUGCACUUAUGGAGUAGCCACUUUGAGACUCAGUAGUCCAUAGAUAUUGUGGCAAUAAA